AUGGAUAUUUUACCUGAGGACUACGAUGCACAAUCGCAAGGAAGCCCUGAUGCAGAGUGCGAAGUGCUUGAACUCCGCGAGCAAAUCGCCAUGCUCACCAAACAGUUCUACCAGGAGAGACAACAAUGGCUUGAAGAGAAGCGACGGCUUCAAGAAGCAACAAAGCCUAUACAGCCGGCGUCUUCUUUGCAAUUCCAGCAAACAGACGACUUGGGACGAACAGGCUCAAGGCUCACACACCAGCGGAUGAGCUCGGGCAUGUUCCUCGGCAGCGAAGCUGGUAGCGAAGCCGUAUGUGAGGAUGCAAGCCAGGGCGGUCUUAGCGCUAGGGAGCCUUGCAGCUCUUUUUGUUCAUCGUGCCAGUCGACGAGGAGCGCCAGCCCAAACCAGACAGGCUCUGCCGCGGGGUCGUCGUCAACCGCUAGCAUGGACACGAGCGGGACUAAGCCGGAGCUCCUGCUUACGCUGACGGACUUGCGGCGGCAGCUGGAGGAGAGCCGGCGGCAGCAGGACUCGGCCUCCAUGCGUUGGGCUCUGGAGCGGGAGGCCCUUCAGCGCCAGAUCCAUGCGUUAAUCAGCAUGUCGGCCGACACCACGAGUGGAGGUCUGCAAGAUGGCGGAGGAUUGGAGAGUGGGGCCGCGGACGGCAUCCUGACCCGCGGGUCACUUGGUCACACGGGGCACGAGGGGGAGCGCGAGGACGAGGAUGGACUCCUGCCUUCGGAGCGGGUUUCAAGUCUGGAGAUGAUGGUGGAGGAGCUCCAGUCCUGGAGUAAGGGGCAGGGCCAUGAGGCCAACCCAGUGGUCGUACGUCGUACGCCUGAGCUGCUGGAAAAGCAGCUGUGUAUGCUGUCCUCGAGUGGGCGCGCGGAGCGGGACAACCUGGUGGCGCAGCUCAGGGUGCUGGCAGCGGACGCCACACGCGCUCGGCGAGAGACCCGUGGGACGGUCGAAUUGGUGCCCUGUCCGGCGCUUACGCCACAGACCUCCGCGCCGGCGGCUGCUGCUGCUGCGACGCCGUCGUUGACGCCGCGGUCUCGAUCGCCGUCGCCGGUAUUUGCCACCCUGCGUCGCCGCAGCAGCAGCAGCACCAGCCACCCCAGCGGCGGUGGCGGUGGCGGUCUCUCGACCUUCCAUGCGCCUACGCUGCGUGAUAGUGUGAGUGCGGCGGAGCUGUUGGCGGAGAAGGCGGUUUUGGAACGAGAGCUGCGGCGCUACCGCGAGGAGUGUGUGGCGGUGCCGCGGGCUGAGUAUGCGGAGCUGAGCUCGUUGCGCAACCAGAUGGCUUUCAUGGAGACUGAGAUGGAGCAGCUGAGAGGGGAGGUGGAGGAGGCGGUCAAGAUGAGGGAGGCGGCGGAGGCGGAGAUGGCGGAGGCGCUGCAGGACUGUGUGGCGGUGCCCCAGGACGAGUACCAGAGGCUCCUCUGUGUGGAGGCAGAGUCCCGGGCGCGCGAGGCCGUGUGUGCGAUUGAGGCCGCCUCGCCUGCCGUACUGCACAGCAACACGCAGUCGGUGCCGCUGGAGGAACAUCGCCGACUGCUGGCGGCCGUGCAGGAGCGGGACGCUUUGGCGGAUCAGAUUACGGCUCUGCAGCAGAAGCUGGUUUCAGCCAAGUCGGAGGCGCAGGCGGCAACCGCGGCGCAGAAGGACGCGGAAGAAGCCGCGGCGGCGGCGGCGGCGGAGGUGGAGGCGGCCGCUGACGCCAGCGCGAGCGCUGCCGCCGCCGCCGCGGCUGCCGACGCGGCCGCGACGCAGUUUGAGCUGGUGGCGCUUCGGGAGCAGUUGGCGGCGACGGUGGAGGCCGCGGUGGCGGAGUCCAAGCGGCUGGGAAUGCAGGUUUCGGAGCUGUACGAGGAAUUGGAGAUGCUUCGAAACCGGAAUUUGGAGCUGGAGGCGGAGGCGGAAGCGGCACGCCAUGCACUGGCUUCGGGACAGGUGCAGGCGAGUGGCAAGGCGCAGGCGGCCGCGGCGGCCGCUGAGAAGGCGCACUCGGUCCUUUUGGGGGAGCUGCACGGGCUGAAGAGCAGGAUUGCGGAGCUGGAGGAGGAGCUUGGUGAAGCGCGGAGAGCGGUGGGGGCAGCUGAGGAGGAGAGAAACAACUUAUCCAUGGAGCUGGCGGCGGAGGAGGAAGAACGGGUCGGUGCAGUAGUUGGCGGCAUUGCUGGCGGCUAUGACGGGGUCGAGGACGGCGGCGGCGACAACUACGCGGCGGCGGCGGUGCCGGGGGCGAUGGAGGGAUUUGAGGAGGGGGAAUCUGAUGACGUGUAUGACGUACAGUCUCGUCUACGCAUCCUGCAGGAGGAGCUCGAGGCCAUGCGGAGGGCACAGCAGGCAGCCCAGGAGGAGAACGACGUGCUGAUGCGGGAGGCGGAGGCGGUGCGUCAGGCCUUGGCGGAUACCCAGGCUGCGCGGGAGGCGGCGGAGGCGGCGGCCGCCGCCGCCGCCGCCGCGUCGGAGGCGGCAGCCCGCGAGCUCGACGCCACCAAAGUUCAGCUGGCGGAGGCUCAGGCGCUGGAACAGCUGUUCAACUCCAAACGUGAGUGCUUCCAGCUUUCCAGGCGGGUGGUUCGCGGUCUGCCGCCGGAGUGGUUGGCGACCGUGGGCUCGACUGCCGCCGCCGCCACCACGGCAGCGGCGCCGGCGCCGGGUGGCGGCGGCGGCCACGCCUUUGAACGUCUCGGAUCUGGAGGGACUCUGCUGACAUCUGUGCCGUUGCCAGCAGAGGCGGUAGUGAGCGAGGAGGAGGAGGAAGAGGAGGAGGUUGUGUAG